GAGCGGGCUCACCAUCAUGGCGGCUUCCAUUUCGGGUUAUACGUUCAGUUCCUUGUGUUAUCAUAGCGCUAACAGCGACUCGGAUCACGAAGGGUUCUUGUUGGGAGAAGUGAGGCAAGAGGAAACAUUCUCGAUCAGCGAUUCCCAGAUUGGUAACACAGAACUCGUGCAGGUUAUAGAGAUCCAUAGACAUGAGCCGUGUACCAAGCUGUUCAGUUUCUAUGACUACACUGGCAUGGUCAAUGAGGAAAGCCUUGAUCGAAUUCUCAAGGACAGACGGAAAAACGUGAUCGGAUGGUACAGGUUUCGGAGAAACACACAGCAGCAGAUGUCAUACAGAGAACAGAUUUUGCAUAAGCAGCUAACCCACCUUCUUGGUGUCCCUGACUUAGUCUUCCUGCUAAUCAGUUUCAUUUCAACUGCCAACACCUCCACUCAUGCCUUGGAAUAUGUGCUCUUCAGGCCCAAUCGCAGGUUUAACCAGAGGGUAUCGCUUACAAUCCCAAACCUGGGCACGACGAGUCAGCAAGAAUAUAAAGUUUCAUCAGUGCCAAACACCUCCCAAAACUAUGCCAAAGUGAUUAAAGAACAUGGUAGCAAUUUUUUUGAUAAAGAUGGUGUGAUGAAGGACAUCCGACUUAUUUAUCAGGUUUAUAAUGCUCUGCAAGAGAAGGUUCAGGCUGUCUGUGAAGAAGUUGAGAAGAGUGAGAGGGUAGUAGAAUCCUACCAGGCGGAAGUGAAGAAACUGCGAGACUUGAUUAGUCAGAGGAAAGAAGAGAAGAAUCGCGAGCAAAACCUGCGUCAUACGAUUUUACUGGGGACAGAAGGCUCUGUGGACAGUUUCCCCACAUUUAUCAGUGGAGACUCAGUCGGUGCCGCUUCUAGACCUCAAGACCUCCUGCCUCCUCCGUAUUUAGACAGCACAAACACAGAUGACAGCGUGGAUAGCCCACCUGACAUGCCAAGGCCGCAGGCGGUGGGGUCCUCUUGCCAACACCUUGUAAUCAAAGAUGGUGGGAAACGUGCAUCAAAGACAGCAGUCAAAGAAGAGACAGAGGAAUCGCAAUGUGACUACAAGUCACGGCACCGUUUAGGGUCUGCUGACAGCGAUAUUGUAGAUGAACAACUGUGCCAGACCAACACACAAGCAGACAGAGACGUGGCUCUGCAGUGACUGCCUUCUCUGUGCCAGGAGCUUUGGCACAAUAACCUGGAAUGUAAGCAAUGUGAAGCUUCCAGCCUUUGGGAGUAAAGGCUCCCGGCUGCUUGAGUGCAACACUCUUACUCCCCAGCAGCUUCCCUUAUUCACUGACUUCUGAAUCACCUGUGCUUCUGUGGAGCUGAUAGUGUAGAUGGAGCUGCUUGUCAUAUGUAUCAUGUAAAUGUUGAGCCACUACUAUUGACCUCUGGGAAUUGUAUUGAAGGGAUCAUUAGGUAAAUAAGGGAGUUGGGAAAUCUAACCAGCUUGCAUCGCACUUUUAUCAGUCUCUCAACCUCUUCACUCCCGGAACAAGCCUGGCCUGCGUUUGCUCUAGGGGCGAAGGAAUGAAUGUCUUUGGUCUCUGCAAGAGCA